GGCAGCGGCGGCGACAGCGGCGGCGGGACGGCGGGCGGGGCCGGACGUGAGCGCACUUCCGAGGGCGCAGCCUGGGCAGCGGCCCCCUCGGCCGCGGAGACCCGGCGGGAAUGGCAGCCAAGAGUUCAGUGCCCAGGACACCAGUAUUAUCAGUCAGUGCAAGAAAAAUUAAAGAUAAUGCAGCAGACUGGCAUAAUUUAAUAAUGAAGUGGGAAACACUGAAUGAUAAUGGAUUUACCGCUGCCAACAAAAUUGUGAACAUCAAAAUUGCUGAAAGGUUUAAAGACAGCAAGAUGGAAAUAGAAUAUAACAAUCCUGACUCCGAGUCUGGAAAACUGCCACAUAUCUACAAUGAGGAAUUGGAAAUGUGCUGUACAGAACUACUUGGGACCUUCAAAAAAAUGGAAAAAAUUUAUCAGAAAAUGGAAAAAUUGUGUUCAACAACUAAAGGGAUCUGUGAAUUAGAAACAUACCAUCAUGGAGAUCAUAAGACACCAUUCUUCCACACAUGGCCCACUCCCUAUUUCUAUGAAGUUUCUGUCAAGCUCUUAGACAUGUACUCAGAAGAAAUAAAACUUAAGCAAACCAUUGUGCAAGAGAUUGCUCAUACUGCUGACCAAGAUCUGCUGAUGGUCUACUUAUCAUCAUGGUUAUAUCAACCCUACAUUGAGGAUACCAGCAAAGUACUAUUAGAAAGCAUGUUACUGGAAACAGGACUCAGACCACUUUAACAUAGUUCAUUACUCAUUGAACCUGAAGUCUGUCAUUAAAAACUCUUGGAUGGAACUGAAGCAGCAAAUGGACCUGUUACAACAUGUUGACAAUAUUUUUCUUCUCAUGCUAUAUUUAUUGACAACUUUUUAGAAAAACACAGUUCUGAGUUCUAUUUGUAAUUUAAUUUUAAAAUAUAACUUGGUUAACUACGCCUACGCUAUUUGUAAAAUCUGUUCUUAGGUUUCAUGAUAAUUAGCAUCUGAUCAAACUCUCCCCUUUCUUUUGACCCUGAAGAUUCACAUCACAAACCACAUAUUACCUAAGGAUUUAUGCUUCCAAAGUAAAUGCUCAUUCAUACUUA